UAAAAUGUUCUGCUGUGCAAGUGGCAUUUUAAAUUUUCUGGUUUGAAUUCAUUUUUAGCAAAGAUUGAGGUGUUUGACACUUUUUAUACACAUACUGUUUCUUACAGAGGAAGUACAAAUUAUUCUGGGAUCUGACAUAAACUGGGAGUAGGGAGACACUAAGGUUUUAUGUCUGAGAAUGCAACACUGUGGUCAUCUGGUUCUGGCUUCAAGAUCAUUAUGGGAUCUGGAACAAAAUUAAUUGUGCAGACCCAAAAAAAACAAGCUCCAGUCUUUUACAAAUUGCAUGACUCCUACUGUUUGGCAACCGACUUCACAAAAUACAAAGAUGUAAAUUUAACAGAUGCUACACCAGUGCGAUAUUCAAACCGAGAUUACUACAGCAGCUUCAGCUUUAAUGAUUCAAAUGGAUGCGAUGAAAAAGACUGUAAGUCAGGAUCUUCCGAUCCAAGUGGUUUUGAAUCAGAUGAAAAAACCAACUACAUGUCACUGGGCCUCUACUGGCUGAGAAUUCUCUUCCUGAAGACUGUUGUGUUCAACGUCCUGAUGACUUUCAAAGCAUGGAUGAGCUAACGUGUCAUGAAAAUCCUUGUCAGUUUUAAUCAGUUGGAUUCAUCAGUGACUUCACUGGAGACAAAACAUCACAUUCGAGAGCCAUCGGAGUUGCGCUGUUGUUGUUAUUAAAUGAUGAUCAAGGGAUUAUGAAAGUUAUGCUGUAGUACUUAUUGUUUUAAGAAUGAUUUACUAUAUAAACAUUUGAAUGUCACUUGCUUAUGCUUUUAUAAUAUUGGCUCAACUUUAGUUUAGGAGUAUAUAACCGUAGAAGUAUAUAGCACCAUGUAAUUGUUUCUAAUUUAGACAUAGGUCAUGUUUCAUUGCUCUGUAUUUUAAUGAUUUCUACGUUAUCUAAUUAUUAUUUUUUAUUAAUUUCGUUUUUCUAAGAUAGGUUACAUCAUAAGAAUUGUCUAUAUAGCUUUUAGUUUUUUUUUUCAGCAUAUUUGCAUCCACAAUUACAUAGAUUUUUGCUUAUUUCUGAUAAAGGCAGGUAUAAUUUUAGUAAUGACUAUGUAUUGUGCAAAAAUAUGAAAAAUAAAAUGCAUAAAUGACCAAC